ACAGAUAGCUUUUCACCUUGGGUGCACAUUUCUGUGAAGAGGGAGGCGCUCAUUUAAUUUCAGCUGGAAAUUUGACAUUCAAAUGAAAGAUACGCGUGUGGACAAACAGUCGGUGCGUCUACCCGCUCCUCGGAUACAGAAGAAACAUGAAACAAGACGUCCGGAUUCUCUUACUGGGGGAACCCAAGGUGGGGAAGACCUCUCUCAUCAUGUCUCUGGUAGGAGAGGAGUUCCCAGAAGAGGUUCCCCCCAGAGCUGAGGAGAUCACCAUACCUGCAGACGUGACUCCGGAGAAGGUCCCCACUCACAUUGUGGAUUACUCAGAAAAGGAACAGAGCGAUGAAGUCCUUAGAGAUGAGAUCAUCAAGGCUAACGUGGUGUGUGUCGUGUAUGACGUGACCGACAAGGAAACGAUAGACAAGAUUAAAACCAAAUGGAUUCCUUUAGUAAAUGGCAACGCAGAGAAGGGGAAUAAAAUUCCCAUCAUCCUGGUGGGGAAUAAAUCGGAUCUGCGCAGCGGGAGUUCGAUGGAGACCAUUCUUCCCAUCAUGAACCAGUUCUCUGAGAUUGAGACGUGUGUUGAGUGUUCUGCAAAGAACCUAAAAAACAUUUCAGAGCUGUUCUACUACGCCCAGAAGGCUGUUCUCCACCCAACCGCUCCCCUUUAUGACCCCGAGGACAAACAGCUAAAACCAUCAUGUGUACGAGCGCUCAGCAGGAUAUUCUUUAUUUCUGAUCAGGAUAACGACCGCAUCCUAAGUGACGCUGAACUUAACAGUUUCCAGAAAUCCUGCUUUGGGAAUCCUCUGGCACCACAGGCUUUAGAAGACGUGAAGACUGUUGUUUGGAAGAACACCAGUGAUGGAGUCCAGGACAACGGCCUGUCUCUGAAUGGUUUCUUGUUUCUUAAUACAUUAUUUAUCCAGCGAGGCAGACAUGAAACCACGUGGACCAUCCUGAGGAAGUUUGGAUAUGACGACAACCUGGAGCUGACGGAUGACUACCUUUACCCCGAACUGCGAGUUCCUGUUGGCUGCACCACAGAAAUGAAUCACUUUGGCCAUCAGUUCCUCCAGCGGUUGUUUGAUAAAUAUGAUGAAGACAAGGACUCGGCCCUGUCCCCGGCGGAGCUGAAGAACCUGUUCUGCGUGUGUCCGUACAUGCCUUGGGGUGCAGACGUUUUCAUGACCGUACCAACCACAGACGAGGGCUACCUCUCUAGACAUGGCUACCACUGUCAGUGGAUGCUUUCUGCCUAUCUCGACAUCCAUCGUUGCCUGGAACACCUUGGAUACUUGGGCUACCCAAUCCUCACCGAGCACGAGUCUCAGACUGCUGCCGUCACAGUGACUCGAGAGAAAAGCCUGGAUUUGGAAAAGCGUCAGACUCAACGGACCGUGUUUCUCUGUAAGGUGAUCGGACCGCGGGGAACUGGAAAGACGGCUUUCCUCCAGUCCUUUGUGGGUCGUAGCGUUCCGGGUAAAGGAAAUCCCAGCAGUGCCUUCACACCUUAUGUCAUAAACACCGUUCAAGUCUGCAACCAGGAAAAGUACUUGAUCCUCAACGAGGUGGAUGUGGAGACGGAGUUCCUGAAGGCGUCAGACGCCUCCUGUGACGUGGCUUGUCUCAUGUACGAUGCCAGUGACCCCCGUUCCCUCGACUAUUGUGCCAGUAUUUAUAAGCAACAUUACAUGGAUAGCAAUAUCCCAUGUGUGCUAGUUGCCUCCAAAGUGGACCUUCCUGAAGCCAAGCAGUUCCAUGGGAUGACUCCAGCUGAGUUCUGCUACAAGCACAGACUGCCUCCGCCGCUGCCUUUCUCCAGCCUGCUUCUGGACUCCACCAGCAAGAGCAUCUAUACCAGGCUUGCCUGGGCAGCCAUGCACCCGCACCUGAAAGGCUCAGACAUGAGCAGCACGUCCUUCUGGCUACGAGUGGCUCUGGGUUCAGCUGUGGUCGCGGUGCUGGGCUUUGCUGUCUACAGGGCUGCCGUCAGACUCAAAUGACCUGUUAAUUGGGUGAAUGGUUUUAUUUUUGUUCCCAUGUGAUGCUGCAUCCACCAAGACCAAACUUUGAGACCAUAGCUGCUGUAACCUGAACCAAACCAGGUCCCCGUGAGCUCAUUUUUCUUUACAUUGAAGACUCCCAGGAAUGCCUCUGCCAUCCUGCGUCUGCCCUCUCCUCUCUGGGGUCCUGUGAUCAUGACAGAUCACAGGCAACUGGAUGCUGGUGAUCGUAUUAUUCCCCAGGCUGCUGUUUUUUUUUUUUUUUUUUUUUGCCUUAUUCUGUUUUAACUAGUCCAGGUGUCAGCCAGCCCGUCUGCACUUGAUACACACCAAGAGCUACAGCUGUUGCAAAGGUGCUUUAUUUGGGAAAAUGGUUUCUCUCCAGACAUGAAAUCAUGACAAUGAGUCAAUCUUGCGUCUUUACUGCAUAUCCAGGUUACAAAAAGAGCAUUUAGUAGAAUUAAAACGGGAGCCUUCCUAUCCAAGAAGGCAUCCUGAUCGAGGUACACCAAAACGUCUGCAUGACCAGUGUUUUUUUUUUCUGACUAAUGCAUCACAACUAGGAGAUUAUUAUUUGAUUGCCAAAUAACUCAAGCAGCAGGAAGCCGUUGUAUCAUCUUUCUGCCCCUUAGGCAUACCACUCAGCCUGGAGGAUUAGUUAAAAAGGGUUUUAGCCGUCACUCUUUCAUGGAAAGUUUUCUUUUUGUAUGAAGGAAAUUAGUUUUUAUAUGGAAAAAGGUGGUUUGUAAUGAGAUUUGUUAAGAAAUCAGGUCUCCAGCUAAGUAAUCCUCUGAAUCUGGUGUUUAAGAAAACCAAACAUUUAUCUGCUAUUCAAACCUGAUUUUAAUUAGACUGAACUAAGUUGAUGAUUUGUACAUUUGUGUGUAAAACAAUCUACCAUUGUAUUGAUUUUUUUGGUGGCCAUCAUUGGCUCAUUCCAUUGCUUAAUUAAGCUGAGAACCUAUUGUUUCUAAACAAUUCAUGUGACUUUUUUGUUCUCUUAAUGAAAAAGAACUGAUUUAAAUGCUAAAUAAAGACCAGACCAGACUGGA